GGCGCCGCCUCCCGUCUUCCGGGCCCCGGCACUUCGGGGGGUUCCGGGUGCCGGAGACCGCUGAGGUCCCCAUGGAAGCAGUCUCGCCGGCGGGCUCCGGAGCCCCGCAUCCUCCCGCGCAGGAAUGGGGGGGCUCACUGGCCAGCCUGCUGCGUCGGGUAAAAGGCAAACUCUUCACCUGGAAUAUUUUGAAAACAAUUGCCCUGGGUCAGAUGCUGUCCUUGUGUAUAUGUGGGACAGCCAUCACCAGCCAGUAUUUGGCAGAAAGAUACAAAGUGAACACACCCAUGCUUCAGAGUUUUAUCAACUAUUGUUUGCUGUUUCUAGUUUAUACAAUGAUGCUGGCAUUUCAAUCAGGUAGUGAUAACCUCUUAUACAUCUUGAAAAGAAAAUGGUGGAAGUACAUCCUGCUGGGAAUAGCAGACGUGGAAGCUAAUUACCUCAUAGUCAGAGCAUACCAGUACACAACUCUAACCAGUGUCCAGCUUCUGGACUGCUUUGGGAUUCCUGUGCUGAUGGCUCUCUCGUGGUUUAUUCUUUAUGCAAGAUACAGAGUAAUCCACUUCAUCGCUGUAGCCGUCUGUUUGUUGGGUGUCGGGACAAUGGUUGGUGCAGAUAUAUUAGCAGGGAGGGAAGACAAUUCAGGGAGUGAUGUGCUGAUUGGAGACGUCCUGGUCCUUCUCGGGGCUUCUCUCUAUGCUGUUUCUAAUGUCUGCGAAGAAUAUAUUGUGAAGAAGCUGAGCAGACAAGAGUUUUUAGGAAUGGUGGGCUUAUUUGGAACAAUUAUCAGCGGCAUACAAUUAUUGAUUGUGGAAUAUAAGGAUAUUGCCAGCAUUCACUGGGACUGGAAAAUUGCACUGCUGUUUGUGGCAUUUGCCCUCUGUAUGUUUUGCCUGUACACCUUCAUGCCACUGGUAAUUAAAGUCACUAGUGCCACUUCUGUUAACCUGGGCAUCUUGACAGCUGACCUCUACAGCCUUUUUUUUGGACUCUUUCUGUUUGGCUAUAAGUUUUCAGGGCUCUAUAUCCUGUCCUUCACAGUCAUCAUGCUGGGGUUUAUUCUGUACUGCUCCACCCCCACGCGCACGGCAGAACCGGCUGAGAGCGACGUGCCACCCAUGACCAGCAUUGGGAUCGACAACCUGGGACUAAAGCUGGAGGAGAACCUCCAGGAUCCCCACUCUGCUGUUAUGUAGCGGGAGAGGAAGGUGCAUGCGUGUGCGCUGAGGCCACCCAGGAACUGGGUGCCACCACCAGGAUGAAGCAGAGCCUGCUGACUGCCAAGGGGGCUCUUGGAAAUGAUCAGACUUGGAGACAAGGGUCUAUAGCUUUUGGAUUGGACCCAGUGGUUCGAUUUUACAAAGCAACACAAACUAAUGUAUCAAAGUAGAAAUACCAAAUGGAAUAGAAGCUGACGCCAGGACUGUGUUUCUGUGUGUGAGGACUAAUACCUGUCAGUGUUAGGAAGACCAGGUGUGGACCCAGUGAGAGCCCCAGGGAUAUGUGGGAAAUCAAGACCUGUGACAGGCUGUCCAGGCUGGCAGGGUGGCUCUGAGGAGGGGCCGUCCUGGGUGGCUUGGGUUUCCUCAGUUGGAGGCUUCUGUUUUUGUCCUGCUGAGAUAGUCAUUGUCCUGAUGGCUUUUGGGCUGCACUUGAGAAAUCCUGAGCUGCCACAAAGAUAUGAAAUUUGAGUGCAGUAAACAGAACCCUUUCCCAAUCAUUAAAGGAAGAUACACUACUUUUUACCAAAUAUUUGCAAUGUGCCAUGAGAUUUUUAUGAUACUUCUUUAGUGCAUUGUGUUAAUAUGAAACAUCAUUAUAUCAAUGACAAACAUGCCACUCUGCAAAAACUCUGUAUGCAAACUUUUUUUUUUUUUUCGGUAAAAAGAAACAGAGUGUUUGUAUUAGUUAAAAAAAAAAAAGUUGAUUUCAUAGAAAUACAUUCACUGUGUUUUUUUUUUUGAUUAACCAGUGUCCCUUAUGGAUUUUAUAUUGCCUUAAUAUAUUCAAGAUUUCUUCAUAUUCAACUUUUCAGGAUUUGUGUCUUCUUUGAGAUGGGCAAACCUAUCUAAAGGGAGCUAUGCUUGGGUAAAGGGGAAUUCACAUAGAUCAUUUGCAGGGUAAGCAUGUUGAAUUCUGAAACACAAGGUUUUUUUGUUUGCU